CCACGCCUCACCCAUCAACAACUACCCUCACCACUAUAAAAUCCAUACACUCCCUUCUCACCCAAAAUAACUGCAGAUUUUUUCUUUCUAUUGUAUCGUCUACAAGCUCUGCUUCUCCCAGAACCAGAGCAUGGCUACUCUCGCAUUCUCCUUCUUCUUCCUUCUUAUUUCAUUCUUUUCAUCAUCAGAAGCGGGGUCCGUAGGAGUAAACUAUGGAAGGUUGGCGAACGACCUACCUACACCGGCGAAGGUGGUGGAACUUCUUAAGAGUCAGGGGCUGAACCGUGCGAAGCUGUACGACACUGACGCCACCGUGUUAACGGCGUUUUCGAACUCGGGAAUCAAGGUGACGGUUGCCAUGCCCAACGAGCUUCUCUCGAACGCCGCCGCGGACCAGUCCUUCACCGACUCAUGGGUGAACGAUAACAUCUCAAAAUACUACCCCGCCACGCAAAUCGAAGCCAUCGCUGUGGGUAACGAAGUGUUCGUGGACCCAAAUAACACCACCGAGUUCCUCGUACCGGCCAUGAAGAACGUGCUGGCUUCCUUAACCAAGAACAACCUCAACACCAACAUCAAAAUCUCCUCUCCCAUCGCACUCUCCGCGCUCCAAAGCUCCUUCCCCGCUUCAUCCGGUUCAUUCAAAACCGAACUGGUCGAACCGGUUAUUAAACCCAUGCUCGACCUCCUCCGCCAAACCGGUUCCCCCCUCAUGGUGAACGCUUACCCGUUCUUUGCUUACUCAGCAAACGCCGAUAAAAUCUCCUUGGACUACGCGCUCUUCAGGGAGAACGCCGGCGUCGUUGAUUCCGGUAACGGUUUGAAAUACACCAAUCUUUUCGACGCCCAAAUCGACGCCGUUUUCGCUGCCAUGUCAGCGCUUCAAUACAACGACGUUAAGAUCACGGUUUCCGAGACGGGUUGGCCUUCCGCGGGAGACUCGAAUGAAAUUGGAGCGGGCCCGGAGAAUGCCGCUGCGUAUAACGGUAACUUGGUUCGACGCGUGUUGGGCCAGAACGGGACCCCCUUGAAGCCCAAUGAAUCGGUCGACGUUUUUCUCUUCGCGCUUUUCAACGAGAAUCAGAAAACAGGGCCCACGUCCGAAAAGAAUUACGGAUUGUUUUACCCCAGCGAGAAGAAGGUUUACGAUAUUCCGCUGACGGCGGAGGGUGUUAAGAACGUGCCGUCGUCGGGCGUGGGGAAGAACCAGGUUCCGGCGAGUGGGGACGUUGCAACGACGUCGCAUCAGGGUCAGACCUGGUGCGUUGCGAAUGGCGGUUCUUCCGAGGAAAAGCUUCAGAACGGUCUUAACUACGCUUGCGGAGAGGGUGGAGCCGAUUGCACACCCAUUCAACCAGGUGCCACGUGUUACAAUCCUGACACGUUGGAGGCUCAUGCUUCUUACGCUUUCAACAGUUACUAUCAGAAGAAGGCACGUGCCGCUGGCACCUGCGAUUUCGGUGGAACCGCCUAUGUUGUCACCCAACCACCUAAGUAUGGGACCUGCGAAUUUCCCACAGGAUACUGAAUGCAGAGAGAUGGAGUGGGUGGGUUAAUUUGGUGAAGCCUUUUUUAUUUGGAUUCGAUGGAGUUUUGCCAUUUUUCUCUUGUAUUCUUCCAUUCAUUACAUGUCAUUAGGUUUUGAUUAACCUGUGUUACCUACUAAUAAAGUCUAAUAUUUAUGAUUGCUUUGGGGUCACU